AUGAACAACAUCGACGAGGAAUAUGACCGACUCGUUGAACACCUUCACGACUGCGCGAAGAAGGCUGAGAGUUUUAAAACCACCAAGAGACGUUUGUUCCUUGAAACUCUUGGGCUGAUACGCCAGCGUGGAGCAGCACGAGCCGUAGGGAACCAAGAACUCACGUCCGAGCUCGCAAAGCUUUGCAGAGAGGCGAUAAAGGAAGACCUUAAAGAGAGAAGAGCAGAAGUGCUGGCUGAAGCUACAGAGGCGGGAAAAAGCAUCCGCUAUGCCCGUCGAGACUUCGCUAGUCGCAAGACGAGGAUGACUGCUCUCCGGAACCCGAAGGGAAAAACUAUUGCAUCGAGAAGGGGGAUGGAGAAAAUCAUCUACGACUUCUACUCUGAUCUCUUCGACAGCCAUGGUCACUAG